AUGUCCCCGUUCGGUGGAUGCGUACACACCGAGCUUUGCUUUCUCCUAUUUGUUUUCCGAGCUCAAAGGUUUACGGAGUUAAGCGUCAGGUCGUGCUCGGCUAUGAUGUUCGCGAUCUCUUCCCUGGUGGUCCAUCCCAUGUUAAUGCAGCAGUAUUCAAUCCUAUCGCUGGCACGAUGCUUCUCUUCGAUGGCAGGCAGGUAUACGCCUACACUUACUCUCGGAUUCGAACCAAUUUCCAACUGGAUUCCAGUUUUCCAAAGCGCUUACCAUCGGACAUCAAUUUUUCACCAAGCGGAGCAAUUCGAUGGAUCAAUGGCCAUCAGAUUCUUCUAUCGGAUCGCGAUGAAUUUUCCGUAUAUGAUGAGUUCUUGGAAUCAAUCGACAAUGAUUAAUCGGAUUUCGAACUAUUUCCCCAACAUGCCUUCUGGUGUAAAAGGGAUGGAAUCACCAUCCGGUUCUACAGUCACGCUAUUCACUACCAACACGGUGUAUCAGUACAACGCGAGGACGAAACGGGUCGAAUCACAAACGUCACUUUCAAGCUACCUUCAAUGCUAG